AUGGAUGUCCACAAUGCAUUUCUUCAUGGAGAACUUGAUGAGGACGUUUACAUGAAGCUUCCUCCUGGUUUUCAGGUGUCUCAACAAGGACUGCAAUCCCCAAAGGACCAUUCCUUGUUUAGCCUUCGCCACAAUAGCGUGCAAUUGGUAGUUUUGGUAUAUGUUGAUGACCUUGUCAUUGUAAGAAAUGAUGGUACUGCAAUUCAACAUUUCAAAGAGUAUUUACACACAUGUUUUCACAUGAAAGAUUUAGGCCGGCUGAAAUACUUCUUGGGAUUUGAGGUUGCCAGAUCUCCGACUGAAAUCUUUCUGUGCCAAAGAAAAUAUGCUUUGAACAUAAUCACCGAAACAAGAGUUCUAGGUGCUAAGCCUGUAGCAACACCAUGCAAAGAGAAUCAUCGACUGGGGUCAGCUAUAGGUUCUCUUUUAUCCGAUCCUAGCAUAUAUCGUCGACUUGUUAGAAGACUGAUUUAUUUGUAUUUUACUCGGCUUGAUCUGGCCUACAGUGUUCACAUGUUGUCCCAGUUCAUGCAAAAUUCACGCAUCGAACACUGGCAAGCUGCUUUGCGUGUUGUACAUUAUUUAAAGGGACAUCUUGGACAAGGAAUUCUUCUCCCACGAGAAAAUGAUUUGCGGCUCUAUGGAUGGUGUGACUCCGAUUGGGCUAGUUGUCCACUCACUCGCAAGUCAAUCACAGGCUGGUUCAUCCAGCUUGGUAACUCACCAAUAUCUUGGAAGACUCAGAAAUAA